AGGGUUGCUUAUCUCGAUGGAGUCUGAGUAGCCCUCCAGGGGCAGGGGAGAGCAGAGGCUUUGAGCUCUCUGCGUGGGGAACUAGGAGCGGCAGGACUUUCAGAUUCAGCCCACAGAGAGCUAUCCUCCACGCUUCCCGGAACCCAGGGACGUCGGCCCGAAAGGCACUGGAAGAGCCUUCCGACAGGCUCUUGCUAAGGAGAGGGGGUCUCCAAGAGGGCACCCCCCAGAGAAGAGAGGAAUGGGCCUCCUGUGAGUUGGAAGCUGUUACUGCCGCACCAGGACCCUCUGGCAAGAUGUCCGGCAAGAGCUAGGCUUACUGGCCCACACCGAUCUUGUCGGCACACUUGCCACCUAGAAGGCACCUGUGGGAAAGUGAGAUGACUGCCAACAGCACUGCCCUGUCAUUGGCCAGCAUUGCCUACAUCACCGUGGAGGUGCUCAUCGGGCUCUGCGCCAUAGUGGGCAACGUGCUGGUCAUCUGGGUGGUCAAGCUGAACCCCAGCCUGCAGACCACCACCUUCUAUUUCAUCGUCUCGCUGGCCCUGGCUGACAUCGCCGUGGGGGUGCUGGUCAUGCCUUUGGCCGUUGUCGUCAGCCUUGGUAUCACAAUCCACUUUUAUAGCUGCCUUUUCAUGACCUGCCUGCUGCUGAUCUUCACCCACGCCUCCAUCAUGUCCUUGCUAGCCAUCGCUGUGGACCGAUACCUGCGGGUGAAGCUCACGGUCAGAUACAGGAGCAUCACCACUCAAAGAAGAAUAUGGUUGGCCCUGGGCCUUUGCUGGCUGGUGUCAUUCUUGGUGGGACUGACCCCCAUGUUUGGCUGGAACAUGAAACUGACCUCAGAGUCCCACAGAAAUGUCACCUUCCUUUCAUGCCAAUUCCGUUCUGUCAUGAGGAUGGACUACAUGGUCUACUUCAGCUUCUUCACUUGGAUUUUUAUCCCCCUGCUUGUCAUGUGUGGCAUUUAUCUUGACAUCUUCUAUGUUAUUCGGAACAAACUCAAUCAGAAUUUCUCAAGCUCCAAAGAGACAGGUGCAUUUUAUGGACGGGAAUUCAAAACAGCGAAGUCUCUGUUUCUGGUUCUCUUCCUGUUUGCUUUGUCCUGGCUGCCUUUAUCCAUCACCAACUGUAUUAUCUACUUUAAUGGUGAGGUCCCACAAGUGAUACUGUAUUUGGGCAUCCUGCUGUCCCAUGCUAACUCCAUGAUGAACCCUAUCGUCUAUGCUUAUAAAAUAAAGAAGUUCAAGGAAACCUAUCUUUUGAUCCUCAAAGCUUGUAUGUUCUGCCAGCCUUCUGAUUCUUUGGACCCAAGCAUUGAAAAGACUUCUGAGUAGUUAUUAUCCAUGGAAGAUGACUCUUCAUCCCACUGGCCUUCAGUUUCAGCAUCAAUAAACACUUGAGGGCCUAUCCACCCAGGCCAAGGGCUUUCACAUCAAGAGAUUCCUUCCACUGAUGUAGGGAGCAUUUGGCUGCCUGCCUCCAACUGUACCUCCUCUACUAUCCUUUUCCCCCAAUUUGACUUCUUUUUCUUGUAUUUCUUCUCAAAUUCAAUUUUCUGGAAGCCUGUUGAGGACAAUGCUCUAUUGUUAUAACUACCUGUGUUCCUCCUUCCCAAACAGGAGAAGUCAUGCAGUUUGAGGGAUGCCUCAUUGACUUACUGACAAAAGGCCUCCAUUGGGCUGGACGUGCAUGUGAUGGAUUCCACUCCCUUGUGGAACUAAGGAAAGAGCCCAGCUCU